GCCCGUCACAUUGCAGCGGCUCUCUGUACUUCUGGAUAAUGCCUUUGUAGGAUCUUCAAGUAUAUAUAUUUAUAUAUAUAUAUAUAUAUAUAUAUAUAUAUAUAUAUCUCUUCACAUCAAGCUUUCCUUUUGAAGUGUAAAUGUGAUUAUCGCCACGCCAAAAAAUGGAUGCAGGAGCAGCCUCUUCUCUUCUGGCACUUCUUCUAAUCCUGCAAUGUCACCUUGUCGUCUGGGCUGCGAUGGACUCCUGCUACAGCGAGCAGGGAUCUCCCAGCCGCUGCAUGCCAAAGUUUGAGAACAUCGCCUUUAACCGGACGGUGGUGGUGUCCAAUGUGUGCGGCUCCCCUCCGGAGGACUACUGCAUGCAGACAGGGUCGACGCGAUCGUGCCACCGCUGCGACUCCUCAACCCCCGACCUGAGUCACAAUGCAAGCCUGCUGACGGACUUUCACGUUUACGAGGAGCCCACGUGGUGGCAGAGCCAGUCCAUGUUCUACGGCAUCCAGCACCCCAAUUCGGUUAACCUCACCCUGCACCUUGGGAAGGCCUUUGAGAUUACCUACGUACGAUUGAAAUUCUACUCCAGUCGUCCCGAGAGCUUCGCCAUCUACAAGCGCACACAAGUGGACGGGCCUUGGUUGCCUUACCAGUUCUACAGUGCCUCUUGCGCUGAGACCUACAGGAAGGUUGAAAAUGGCUACAUCCGUCCAGGAGAGGACGAGAAGACGGCUCUGUGUACCGCCGAGUUCAGCGAUAUGUCUCCACUCACGGGAGGGAACGUGGCUUUUUCCACUCUGGAGGGGAGGCCCAGCGCGUACAACUUUGACCAGAGCGUGGCACUACAGGAAUGGGUGACCGCCACAGAUCUGCUCAUAUCUCUGGACCGUCUCAACACAUUUGGGGAUGAGAUUUUCAUGGACGCCAAAGUGUUGCAGUCGUAUUUCUACGCCAUCUCUGAUUUCUCUGUGGGCGGACGAUGCAAGUGUCACGGUCACGCCAGCGAGUGUGGAGAAGGCGAACACGGCGGUCUUGUGUGUGUCUGCCAACAUCACACCGUUGGUGAGGACUGUCAGAGAUGUCACCCCUUCUACCAGGACAGACCAUGGGCCCGGGCCACCGGGGACUCUGCCAACGAGUGUUUGAAGUGCAACUGCAGUGGCAGAUCAGAGGCGUGUGUGUUCGACGGCGAGCAGUACCGCAGCACCGGCAGCGGGGGGCGUUGCCUGAGCUGCCGAGACAACACCGACGGGCCCCACUGUGAGCGCUGCAGAGAGAACCACUACAGGAGGUCUCCCGAGGAGCCCUGCGUACCCUGCAACUGCAGUCACAAUGGGUCUGCGAGUUUACAAUGUAGUGAAAACGGAGAGUGUUCCUGUCGAGUGGGUGUGACAGGAGCCAAGUGUGACGCCUGUCAGCCUGGAUUUCAUUCUCUCGGACCAAGUGGCUGCAGGCCAUGUGAGUGCGACCCACGUGGCAGUGUCGCCCACUGCUCUCCUUUUGAUGGGCAAUGUCUCUGCAAGGGGAACAUAGAGGGACGGAGCUGCACUUGGUGCCGCCCAGGCUUUUUCAACCUUCAAAAAGAAAAUCCUUUGGGUUGCCAGUCCUGUUUCUGCUUCGGCCACUCGCUAGCUUGCUCUUCCUCCGUCCACCACAUGGCUGUCAACAUCACGUCGGACUUCCUGGAUGACCAGGACGGCUGGGUGGGCAAGUUCUCAGGCGGCCAGCAGUACUCCCUGCUGUGGAAGGAAGGAGAAGUUUACCUGCUGCCUCUCUCGGAGGAUGACGUUGGUUUCUACAAAGCCCCUGAGAAAUUCCUGGGUCACCAAGUCCACAGCUACAGCCAGCUCCUCUACGUCACCUUCACCUCGGAGACCUCCGAGCUCCUCCCCGACCAUGCAACUCUGCAAAUCCAAGGUUCCGGAAUGACUGCAUUCGCUCAUCUUUCACCUCAACCACUGCUCGCUCAUGACCUGGGUCUCACACCGCGGAUCACCUUCAUUGUCAGGCUCCAUGAAAGAGGUUUCCAGCCACUGCUGUCGGCGUUCGACUUCCAACGUCUCCUCUACAACCUGACUGACAUGAAGAUUAGCAAUGCUGGCGGACAAAACUAUACAUCGCAGCUUGCUGGAGUGACCCUGACCUCCGCUUUGCCAUCGUCUGGGACUUCUGGUGUUCGAGCUCCGUGGGUCGAAUCGUGUUCGUGUCCCCCUGGGUACGCGGGGCAGUUUUGCGAGCAGUGUGCCGAAGGAUUCACCCGGAGUUCACAGAGUCAGGGCCCAUUUUCCACAUGUGUGCCCUGCAGCUGCCACCAGCACGGGAACUGCCAUCCAGAAACAGGUGUAUGUGAGUGCGCCCACUUCACCACCGGCCUGACCUGUGAGCACUGCCUGGACGGUUACUAUGGCAACGCUCUGAUUGGCAGCCACAGCGAUUGUCAACCCUGCCCUUGCCCGCACCAAAGCAGCUGUGCCCAAAUGGCAGAGACAAGACAGGUGGUGUGCACCAACUGUCCAGCAGGACAGACAGGAAUACGCUGUCAGAUGUGUGAGGAUGGUUACUAUGGAGACCCACUGGGGCAUUCUGGAUCCAUAAGGCCUUGUGUGAGGUGCGACUGCAACGGCAACGUUGACGUCAAUGCGCUGGGGAUCUGCGACCAUGUGACCGGACGCUGCCUCAAGUGCCUGGGACACACAGAGGGUGAACACUGCGAACGGUGCCAGCAGGGCUUCUACGGCGAUGCCCUUGAUAACGCCGCUGUCCAGAAGUGCAGACCAUGCGGCUGUAAUCCUGCUGGAACGUCGGCCCCUGCACGUGAAUGCCACCUGCGGACCGGGCAGUGCCCCUGCCUCCAGCACGUGAGCGGCCGAGACUGCAGCUCCUGUGAAGUCGGCUUCUUCAACCUGCAGUCUGGCUACGGAUGCGAGCGGUGUCAGUGCAAUCCCAUUGGCUCCUCGUCCACCGCAUGUCAUCCAAUCACAGGCCAGUGUGUGUGCCACGCAGGAGUGGAGGGGAGAUUAUGUGAGUCUUGUCGCGUGGGCUUUUUUGGAUUCUCCUCACGCGGCUGCAGAGCCUGUAACUGUGACCCCAUGGGCUCCAUCUCCAUGCAGUGCCAUGGUAAUGGUACUUGUCUGUGUCGCCCCGGCUUUGUGGGAUACAAGUGUGACAAAUGUGAGGUGAACUAUUUCAAGAACAAGGAAACACAUCAGUGUGAGGAAUGUCCGGUUUGCUACGCCCUUGUUAAAAAACAGGCAGGGAAGCUGAAGAGCCGUCUGCAGGAUUUGGAGAAACUUUUGGCUCACUUUGAUUGCUCUGGUAGAUUUACCAAGCAGCCUCACUUGCUCAAGGGUCACAUGGCUGGGAUUCACCCGCACCAGAGAGAGGACUCGCUUCCUAAUGCCCUGGAGGAUUUCCUGGCCUUCCAAGAAGCGCGGGAGGCCUUCAUUAAACAAUUUUCCUUGCUGGAAGCAUCCACGGUUUCUCUCGUUGCUCAGCUGCAUGACAUUACAUCCGGCCUGAACUGCAGCAUCAGCAGCACAGAGGAAGGGGGGAGAGCAGAGAGCAAGGGUGCAUGUCAGACCUUCACCGACAUGAUGGUGGUAAUACGAGCGUCACAGACACAGCUCGUGCAGGCAACAAAAGACCUGGACAACAUGAUCAUUCCUUUCGAGAUGGCGCCGGGACCGAACAAAUGGAACGUCGCGGUGAACGACUCCCAGUUCCUCCAAAAGAGCCACAGCGAAGCGGCAGACUACAUUGAGGCCAUCGCCAGCAGGGCGGUGAAAACCUCGAAUCAGACCUUCAGUUUGCUGAUGGAUCUGCUGCAAGACAACUCCACUGAGGAGUACAUCAGGAAACUAACAGAGCAAAUCUCACAGAUGGAACAGAAAAAGGAAAAUCUGACUUCAGAGCGGAACCAAACAGCUGCUCAACAUCUGUCCCUGGAGAAGGAGGUUGCUAGUUUGAGCCUCGCCUUGCGUAACAUCUCAAUGUCGGUAGAGGAACUGUCUGUGCGCGGCACUGCACCUUCACCAGAGCUGCAACACAACCGAACACAGGCAGCCAACGACUCAGUGAAGCAGAGUGAAAAUCUGCUGAGUCGUACAAAAGAAAUGGAGCGAUUGGUUCACACUAAAGACGCCGUCAUCAGCAAAAUCGCAAACCAGACGGGAACGUUAAUGAAGUCAGCCGUUCAGAACCUGGAGAGCGUAAACGACAUUGGCAAGCUGCAAGCUCACACUCAGGGGGCAAAGGUCAUUGCUCUGUCGUCGGUGGUGGCAGGGAAGGAGGCGGAGUCAGAAGUGAUCACGCUGCACAGAGAACUGGAAUACAUGGUGAGAGAGUGGCCUCGGCGUCAGGCCCACACGAGGGCAGCCCUGAAGAAAGAGCGACCCCUGCAGGAGAAGGUUCUGGUGGACGUGAAGAAACGAGUCACGGAGAUCGACAAGAUGGUGAAACCUGCGUUGAACAACGCCACUGCUGCCAGAAAUAUUUCAAACGAAGCGGAGCAGAUGGCGCACGCGGCAGCGAAGAAAUCCAAGUCCACACUGUCCCAGGCCAGGCACACCAGGGCGGCCUCCGCUCACCUUACUUCCCAUAUUGAAUCCGCGCUACAACAGAUCGUUGAACAGCAGAUGCGAGUCGACAUGGCCAACUCCCAGAUCCGCUCAGAGCCGACAGACUCGCUGACCGGUGUGAAGGCGGACAUGGAGGCGGCCAAGCUCCAGUUGGAGGAAUACUCUCGCACACUGGCCGAGCUCAUCGGCAAAAUCGAUGAAAGUGUGCCGCUGGACCGAUUCGACCGGAUCUUAAAUGAAACGGAGCGCCACUUGAGCAUGCUGCGUGGAAGCGUGGAAAGCCCGUCUCUGGGCACCAAGAUCCAGACGCUCCGCUCGGCUGCCAAAGACCAAGAAAGCCGCCUCGCAGUCAUCGAGCAGGACAUUGAGGAGAUCACAGAGGAGAGGGACAGUCUCAGGGACAUCGCCUUGAACCUGCCUGAGUCCUGCCCCGAGGCUGCAAGAGGGAGCGGCACUAGGCACUGAAGAGGCCAUCGUAAAAGAGCAGCUCCGGUUCUGGGAGGAUUCUGGUCGUAAACGAGGCGGCUGUUGCUUUAUUUCUGUUUUAAAAAAUCUUUAUAUCCUCCUUCCUUCAUUGUCUUUAAGGUACGACUUAUUUUAUCGCCGCAGAUAAUGUCUCCCACGAUCUCUCAAGUCCUGUCCACUCCUCUGUUCCUUCUCUGCCCACUGACAAUAUCAAAAGUCUCAUUUCACUGUGAAUAACAAUCAGCUACUAUCUGCAGGAACGCUCCGACAACUCUGAAAUAAUACAGAUUCUGCAAGUGGGUAUUUCUCCCCACUGACACUUCCAUUUACACGCCAGCUCUCUUUUAUCUGAUGGACUUGAUCAACCGUUCAUUUCUGUGGCCACAGCACGGUUCAGGUCAGGGUUGAAUCGCGCAUGCAACCUUGGAUUGAAGAUUGAAUCUGACUUGUUUUGUUUUGUUUGACUGGAUUCUCACCCGAACUUGCACUGUCCACACGAUCACGUUUGUGAUUUAGAAAUACUGUACAUCAGUUCAUUCAAAUAAAA